AUGUCUUCAAUACCUGUAACUACGGACUGCCCAAUUCUCGUAUGGAUGCUUUCGUUGAAUCGAGAGUACACGAAGGAAGAAUAUGACGCCAGCUAUCAUAUUAUAAAGGAAUGCGUGCCGCACGAAAACAUUGUAUAUAACCCCCAAAAUGCUGAUACCUUCCGACAAAUGAUGAAAUCUAUGUUGCCAUUACUUAUGAUGAGACACAGGCGAAUACCCAGGGCCAAGUGGCGGGAUUGCGUCACUCCAGCUGGCAAGCAUUGGAUAGAACAGAUUCCGGAUGAUCUCCCUCCCGAGAAAUUUCUUCAUUCAAUGAUUGGAUACCAUCUUGCGACGGAGAACUCGUUGUGCGGGAUGGCGAUGACACAAGGAAUUCAACGGAAAGUCGUGAACAUCGGCUUGGGGAUGAAGCAACUCAUUGCCGAACCGCGGGGGGUUUCAGUGCGGGCGUACGUCGAAUCCUUCGCACAUAAACUUACCCCUCUGGAACUAUCCCUAAUGGCGCCAGAGCUUGGAGACGAAGUCAUGCUACGCAGAUUAUGCAUUAUUAUCUCCCUCAAACAAGCGUACAUCAAAGCGAUCGGCCAGCCAAUAGGGUUCGACCUAUCGCGUCUGGAAUUCAACAUUCCCCAGGAAACCGUCAUCGGCGACGGCCACCCACUAACGGGUUGGGAAUUCCGGAUAUUCAAAGCCAACCUCGGUGUUGCACGCAAAGACCUCCUCGUCGAAGAGCAGUACCAAUGUGUCUGCGCCUUCUUCCGAGGGACACCCGACACCAAAUUCAUAUGGCACGACUCGCAAAAGGAGCUGGAAUCUUGGGUUCAAUUCAUAAAUAUCGACCAGAUGAUCAAAGUCAUUCCCAAGCUAACCGCGUAA